AUGAAUGAUGCUAGUCAACAAUUUUAUAACGAUUUACAAGAUGUUAUUAGUCGAAUUCCAACUGGAGAUAUGUAUAUUAUCAUGGGUGAUUUUAAUGCAAGAGUGGAAGGGAAAAAACAACAACAGCAAAAUUUAUGUAAUAGUAUUGGUCCUUACACAGUUGACAUUACAAAUGAAAAUGGGGAAAAGCUGAUUGAUCUAUGUACAAUUAAUAGUAUUAUAGUUACGAACACAUUCUUUAAACACAAAUUAGCACAUCAAACGUCAUGGAUGCAUCCAGGAAAUAAACAAUGGCAUAUGAUUGACUACACAUUAGUAAAUAAGAAAUUUAGAUCGAGCGUCGAAGACUGUCGUAUGUAUAGAAAAGCUGCUGGUGCAAUUGGUACAGAUCAUCAUUUAAUGCGAAUAAAAAUUAAACUACACUUCAAAAGUAGAAGGAAAUUAGUUCAGAAGAAAGUAGUUUAUGAUCCAAUAAAAAUGAAAAAUGAUAAUGCAUUAAAACAAUUUCAAAAAGACCUCAUUCCAACACUUUCCGAUGCAACAGAUGAAACAAUUAGUAUUGAUGAAAAAUAUGAUCGAUUUGUUGAACAUAUGAAAACAAAUGCAGAGAAAACUUUUAAAAUAGAUAAAAACAAAAUUCGCAAGCGUAAAGAAUGGCUUACUGAUGAAAUACUAGAAAUUGUAGAAAAGAAAGCAACAGCUUUUGUUAAUUGGCAAAAUCACCGAGGAACAAAAUUAGAAAUUGAAUAUGCUAAUAAAUAUAAACGUUUAAGAAAAUUAGCAAAGACCAAAAUUGAUAAACGUCAGACAGAGUAUUGGGAUGAAAUAUGUGAAGAGAUUGAGUCUUCUAUUAAAUUAAAUGAUCCAGUAAAUGCAUUUAAUAUUAUUAGACGUCUUAGUGGUAAAAUGAAGAGAGUGGAGAAUAUGGCGAUUAAAGAUAAACAUGGAAAACUGAUUUUAAACUCAACUGAUCAAUUGGAACGAUGGAGAGAAUUUUUUGAUGAAUUACUUAAUGUUUCAUCAUCAGUAGAUCUUCAAUUAAUUGAUCAAAUUAAAAUACAAAGCAUAGAAAAGAAAGAAGAAGAACGUCAAAAUGCUCAACCUACAAUACCUGAGGUAAGAAAAGCUUUGAAUCAAAUGAAGUCAAGAAAAGCUCCGGGUUACGAUGGAAUUACUGCUGACCUUCUUAAAGCUGGCGGUGAACCAGUUAUCAAGUGGCUACAUGAAAUGUUCAGUGAUGUAUGGAAACAAGAGAAAAUGGUAGAGGAAUGGAAUUUAGCAGUUUUGAUUAAAUUAUUUAAAAAAGGUGACAAACAACUCUGUGACAAUUACAGAGGUAUUUCACUUCUCAGUGUGACUAGUAAACUCUUCUCUCGUAUUAUUCUGAAUCGUAUUCAAAUCCUGGUCGAUCGUCAACUAUUGGAAGCACAGUCUGGAUUCAGAACUAAUAGAUCUACAAUUGAUCAAAUCUCUAUAUUAAAAUUAUGUAUGGAAAAACGUAGAGAAUUUAACAAGCCCUUAUUCAUGUGUUUUAUUGAUAUAUCAAAAGCGUACGAUUCUGUUAAUCGUGAACUAUUAUGGAAAGUAUGCAGGAACAAAGGUGAAAAUGAAUGGUGA